AUCUUGUUGGGUAAUUUGGCUUUCAUAUUUCAUAUUUACCUUUAAGGAAAAGUACAUUGAAAUAUCUGUAUGAGCAAUCUUUGAAAAAAAACAUCAAGAAAAAUGAAUAACAAACAAGAGUUGGGAGGCCUCUAUUUGCAGGAUAAAUAUGGAGUAGAUGGUGAUCCAGAAGCGUUUGGACAUAGCGACAGCUAUCGAGUAGCUACAACCCCACUUACUGGCGAUGAAGAGAAAGCUAAAGCCAAAGAUGGCGACCAGAAAGCCAAGAAAACCAAGAAGGGAAAGAAGCAAAAGAAAGCGGACCUCGAAGAGUUAAAGCAGGAAAUGGAAAUGGACUGGCAUCAGAUAACCCAAGAGGAGUUGUUAGCCCGGCUUGAAACCAACCUUGAGACGGGUUUGACUCAGGAAGAAGCUGCUAGAAGGUUGAAGCGUGAUGGUCCCAAUGCACUAACACCACCACCAACCACUCCUGAAUGGAUCAAGUUUGCAAAGCAGCUAUUCGGUGGCUUUGCUACACUUUUAUGGAUUGGCUCAAUUUUGUGCUUUAUUGCACAGGGUGUGUUGGAAGGUACAAUGGAAGAGCCUUCAAAAGAUAAUUUGUAUCUUGGUGUUGCAUUGGCUGUUGUUGUCAUCCUUACUGGCCUUUUCUCGUACUACCAGGAAGCAAAAAGCUCCAAGAUUAUGGACAGUUUCAAGAACAUGGUUCCUGAAGAAGCUCAUGUCCUUCGUGAUGGUGGACAGCACACCGUACCAAGUGAAGACCUUUGUAUUGGUGAUGUUGUUUAUGUCAAGGGUGGUGACCGUCUACCUGGGGAUCUUCGUGUUAUGGAAGCCAAAAGUUUUAAGGUUGACAACUCUUCUCUUACUGGGGAGUCUGAGCCUCAAUCUAGAAGUCCAGAUUGUACAAGUGAUAAUCCUCUUGAAACAAGGAAUCUAGCUUUCUUUUCCACUUACGCUUUAGAAGGCAAUUGCACUGGUGUUGUUGUCCAAAUUGGUGACAACUCUGUCAUGGGACGUAUAGCUAAUCUUGCCAGUGGUCUAGGCUCCGGAAAGACACCAAUUGCCAUUGAAAUUGAGCAUUUCAUCCAUAUUAUCACCAGUGUUGCAGUUUUCCUUGGAGUUACAUUUUUCAUUAUUGCAAUGGCCUUAGAUUAUGCCUGGAUUGAAGCAGUUAUUUUCCUUAUUGGUAUCAUUGUAGCUAAUGUACCUGAAGGGCUUUUAGCAACGGUUACAGUGUGUCUUACUUUAACUGCAAAGCGUAUGGCAUCCAAAAACUGUUUGGUAAAGAAUCUUGAAGCUGUGGAAACCCUUGGUAGCACUUCUACCAUUUGUUCAGACAAAACUGGUACACUUACCCAAAACAGGAUGACUGUUGCUCACUUAUGGUAUGAUAAUAAUAUUGUUGAAGCUGACACUAGUGAAGAGCAGAAGGGAGGAGAUACAGAAAAGUACACUGAAACAUGGAGAGCAUUGUCUCGCGUUGCUACUUUGUGUAAUCGUGCAAAUUUUAAAGCUGGUCAAGAAGAUAAACCUGUUCUUAAAAGGGAAUGUGCUGGUGAUGCCUCAGAGUCAGCCCUACUCAAGUAUGUUGAAAUUGCAAUUGGUAAUGUGAUACAAUAUAGAAAGCGACAUCCCAAAGUCUGUGAAAUUCCCUUCAACUCUACCAAUAAGUACCAAGUUUCAAUCCAUGAGCUUCACCAGAAGGAGGAAGGUAAAGACGACCUACCAGAGAAUGAGAAGGAGAAAGACUUUCAUCAUGUUCUAGUGAUGAAGGGUGCCCCAGAAAGGAUUCUAGACCGGUGUUCUCAUAUAAUGAUUGAUGGAGAAGUCAAAGAGAUGGAUGACAAGAUGCAGGAGUCAUUUAAUCAAGCCUACUUAGACCUUGGUGGACUUGGAGAGCGUGUACUAGGAUUCUGUCAGAAACUGUUGCCUGCCGAAGAAUACCCCAAAGGUUUUGAAUUUAACCCUGAAGAUCCUCCAAACUUCCCCUUGACUGGACUAUGUUUUGUUGGACUGAUGUCCAUGAUUGAUCCUCCACGAGCUGCUGUUCCUGAUGCUGUUAGUAAAUGCCGCAGUGCUGGUAUCAAAGUUAUCAUGGUUACUGGUGAUCAUCCAAUCACAGCCAAGGCUAUUGCUAAGGGUGUUGGAAUUAUCUCAGCAGGCACAGAAACAGAGGAAGACAUUGCAGAGCGUCUCAAUAUUCCUGUUGAUCAGGUUGACAAAUCACAAGCCAAGGCCAUUGUUGUUCAUGGAGCAAAACUUAAGGACAUGGACCAAGAACAGAUUGAUGAUGUUCUCAAGAACCACACAGAGAUUGUAUUUGCGCGUACCUCACCUCAGCAGAAGUUGAUUAUCGUUGAAGGCUGUCAACGUAAUGGUGCUAUCGUGGCGGUAACUGGUGAUGGUGUCAAUGAUUCUCCUGCUUUGAAGAAAGCUGACAUCGGUGUUGCUAUGGGAAUCGCUGGCUCUGAUGUGUCUAAACAAGCUGCUGACAUGAUUCUUUUGGAUGACAACUUUGCUUCCAUUGUCACUGGGGUAGAGGAAGGUCGACUUAUCUUUGACAACUUGAAGAAGUCUAUUGCAUACACUUUGACAAGUAACAUCCCUGAGAUCUCUCCAUUCUUGAUGUUUAUCAUUUUGGACAUUCCUCUUCCUCUUGGUACCAUCACUAUCUUAUGUAUUGACUUGGGAACAGACAUGGUACCAGCUAUUUCUCUUGCCUAUGAAGAAGCUGAAAAUGACAUCAUGAAGAGGUUGCCACGUAACCCUAAGACUGAUAACCUUGUGAAUGAAAGAUUGAUUUCAAUGGCAUAUGGACAGAUUGGUAUGAUGCAGGCCUGUGCAGGUUUCUUUACCUACUUUGUGAUCAUGGGUGAAAACGGUUUCUUUCCAAGAGAUAUGUUUGGAUUGCGAAAACCAUGGGAUGAUCGUAGAAACAACUCUGUAAUGGACAGCUAUGGCCAGGAAUGGUCAUACAAACAACGUAAAAUAUUAGAAUAUACUUGCCAUACUGCUUUCUUCGUAAGUAUUGUCAUUGUUCAAUGGGCUGAUUUAAUUAUCUGCAAGACCAGAAGAAACAGUUUAUUCACCCAGGGAAUGAAGAAUAAAAUGUUGAACUUUGGUCUUCUUUUCGAGACACUCCUUGCAGUCUUCCUCAGUUACACACCUGGAAUGGCAUACGGUCUUAAUAUGUACCCUCUUAAUUGGAACUGGUGGUUCCCAGCCUUCCCAUUCAGCUUAGUUAUCUGGAUUUAUGAUGAAGUUCGGCGUUAUAUACUUCGAAGAUACCCUGGAUGCUGGUUGGAUAAGGAAACGUACUAUUAAUACAGUCCAGCUGGGCAUAUGAUAUUUGUAUUCAAUUUGAAGCUUCGCUAUUAUAUCAUACAUCCAUGGUCCAUAUAAGGAUAUGUGUGUUUUUAGGCUCUGAAUAUUUAAUGACAUCAAAUCUCUCUUACAGGCUAAUAUUUCUGUGUAGACGGAGCAACUGUACAGUAAUUUUACCCUGUAAAACUAAGGGGGGAACUCGCUGGAUCGAUUAAUUGUGAUCAUAGUGAACUAUUUCUAAUUUUUUUCUAUUGGUUUUUUAGCAUUUGUGAAGUGAAAUGAUUUGUUAUGGAGUUGAUUGUGUAAUUAUUUGUUGUUGUGAGGUACUGAAAGAAUUUCCAGAGUAGAUUCUCUGGUGUUUUCAUGUUUUUUUUUAAACAAUCUGACUUUUUUCUCUAUACACAGGAAUCCCAAACAUUGGACGGCAAAAAGCUAUAGUUCCGAUCUAGCCAAUAUAGAAUGUUCAAUUGAUCUCAAUGCUGUCUUUGAUUUGGGAUUUCUGUGCUCCUUUUUGAUUGCCCCAUAGACAAAAAUCACCACUGUAAAAAUACAGUGUUCUAGCACAAUACGGAUGUGACUAUACUUUGAUUAAUGCUUUGCUCGUAAAUCUCGAUAAAAAUCAACCCCCACGGAAUUGUGGGCCAACAAUAAUCGUAAUAUUUCAUCAUUGAUCUUGCAAUGGUUUGUAAUGAUGACAUAAAGCAAAGCUUCUGAAUUUUACCAACUUCAAAAAUAGCAAUCUCUUCCAGUAUAAUAAACGUUAGUGUUUUAAUCGACUUUUUCUAAUAAUUUUUAAUCCCUAAAUUGGUAUUCUAGGCACUGCUUUGAAGUAUUUGAUUCUAAAUAAAGGAGGACUCUUCAAA